UAGGUGGCAACGCUACAAAACCUAAGAAAAAUUAGUGAUUCAGGAAAUUUAUCUAUCAAAACAAAGAACGGACAAAAAAGAGAAAAUGUCCAAGUCAAAUAUAGAGAAACCGGAAGAAGCCAAGGCUCCAACUGCUCCAAGUGCGCCGUAUUCGAACUUGUAUGAUAGUGCUGCUGCCAUAGCCAUGCGCGCCCCGCCGCCCACUUACGAGGAAAGUCAACGUGUCUCCUAUCCCACACUAUCGACUCCGCAGGCUUCAGUUACACAUUCUAAUUUUACUCCAGCACAGGUGUUUCAGCCGCCUAUGGGUCCUGGACAGGUAUACCAGCUGACUACGACCCCUGCACAGUUCUAUCAGCCGCCAAUGGGCGACAACCGGUACUAUGGCAUGACCCAUCACCAACAGUUACCGGCCCAAGUUCAGAGGCAACCGCAUAAUGCCAUUCCAACUGGUGCUUCUGCCUCUCAUGUAUUGACGCUGGACGCACGUGCCGAAAUGCGCACUACAGCUAAUGGUGCCGUCGUCAUUCCUCCGCCACCACCUGGCUGCUUGCCCACACCUGCUCAAUUGGCCGCCAUGCAGGGCGAGCCAGUUGUGUUGAAGCAGAAGAAGCGUUCCUUCUUUUAAGUAUUUGCCUUAAGCACACACCAAAGCAUAUAGGAAUCUGUUAGAUAUUUUUGUAGUCGCUGGUAAGGAAAUGUAAACAAAUUGUGAAUAAACGUUUUUUCUUCUCGUUCUUGCGUA